AUGACGCAUCCGCUGAUCGCAGAACUCCCCAAGACAUGGUCUCGAAUCGCAGGCAUGUCCUGCCUAGAGUCAGACGAUUCCACUGACUACGGGUCAGAUUUUACACCCGAUGAAGAGCAGCUGCUAAACGAGCUGCUCAACAAAGCUGCGGGACCUGCGACCGGCCAGCCCGCCACCGCGCCAACACCAUUCUUGCCUUCAACCCCGGUCUCCGUCGAGCGGAUCACCACCCCAAAAUCACCGGAACUCCUCGAACUAGAGUCUCUGCAACCAGCAGCUCUAGCGGCACUUGUCGCAGAUAUCGAGGAUGGCGUUGAAGAGCCUUCCGCCCGCCUGCCUAAGGUACUGGGCCGUGAAAGGCCUCGUGCACCGUGGCGGUCGCGGCAGUCUCAGCCAGGCCAGGGGUCUCGAUGGAGCCCGAGUGCCAUGGAGAGGUCAAGCCCGCGCGCUGGCAACAGUAACAGGCCCCUAUCGUCUGUCGAACAUCCUAACUCAACCGAGGGCAGAGAGAUAGAACGCGAACGCCAAAAUAUCCGAACGCAAGCAUGGACACAGCAAGAUCCCGCUGUGGCGGCGCAAGACACUCGGCCUCCCGUCGAACGGUAUCGCCAGGCGCCCAACAAGGCUUUCUCGGUGACUGACCUGGUCUCACCCGCUUGGUGCGAGCUACAAUAUUGGUAUACGUUAACCAAGCAUGGGCGGAAGAAGCGGACAGCUGCGAUGAAGAAGGGAAGCUCCAUGCACAAGACCCUCGAGGAUGAAAUUUACACCACAGUGCCUGUGGAGAUCACGACAAAAGAGGAUGCAUGGGGCUUAAGGAUAUGGAAUGUCAUCCAAGGGCUGCGCAUGCUGCGCGAGUACGGCGUCACGCGCGAAAUGGAGGUUUGGGGAAUGGUGGAUGGGCAAAUUGUCAAUGGCAUCAUUGAUCAAUUGUCAUAUGAAUGUCCUGACUCCGAGCUUGAGGCCACCGCUGAAGAGUACUAUGCAAAUGCUGUAGCAUCGCGCGUCGCUCUGCCUGAGUAUCAGAUGUCUUUAUCUGACUAUCUGCUUUCCUCUUCUGGAGGUGGGAUGAAGCUGUCAGAUUGGGGCCAGGGCUACACUGAAGUUGAAGAGACAGGCCCCACUGAAAAGAAAGUCCCCGACGCUGUCUAUAACCUACCCCGGAUAUACCUGACGGACGUGAAGACAAAAGCCAGCCGUUCAUUGCCGACUGUGAAGAGCUCCGGGUUCCGACCCACUCAUCUUCAACUGCAACUCUAUUAUCACAUGCUGAACCGCCUCAUUACAAGCGACGAUGUAAAUAUCGACGUGCUUGCCGCUCGCUACGACUUCGAUGCGGAAAAACCAUUCACUGAUGCCUUCGUUUCAGAAGUCGGUGGGUUGAACGACCAAUUCUUUGAUGCUCUCUCCUCUCAGGAGUCCGAAACAGUUGAGAAUCAAAACGACGAUAGUCAAGACUCGACUGGCCUCUUACUAUCACAUAACAAUCUCUCCCAACUUUGGGGUCUCAUGAUACACCAGCUUCGCCUCACGUUCCUCCCACCCGCGGAGACACGAGAUAUUUCCUCUUCCAUUCCAUCACAGACCCAACCAGAGCUCCUCGAGGAAUAUCCAACUCUUAUUUCCCCGGUACUUACAGCCCGGUACCUUUCCUCAGCUGCCAACGAAGACCUAGAAAGGCAGUACUUGGGGAGCAGGUGUUUCCUUUUCGAUCCUACAACCCUGACUUCCUACCUGUCUGACCAGAUGGAAUGGUGGCGCGGCGAGCGAGAUCCUCGCGGCGUGGAUAUAAUGGAUGCAUGGAAAUGCCGGAUUUGUGAAUUUCGCGACGAAUGUACCUGGCGUCAGGAGCGCGAGAUGGCUUAUGCCAGACGAGGGCGCGCCGGGUCGGCGGAAAUAUAA